UUCUCCAUUCCCCAUUUCCCCUUUCCUCUCAGUUCCUCCUGCCCAGACCCUCUUAGCAUCUAUAGGGUGUAAACUCCAGUGAAGACUGGGUAUAUAAAGUUCCAAAUAGAAAGUUCCCAGCCCCGAAGCCCCUGCCCAAGAUGAUUCCAGCCGUGGUCUUACUCUUGCUCCUUUUGGUCGAACAAGCAGCUGCCCUAGGAGAGCCCCAGCUCUGCUAUAUCCUGGACGCCAUCCUGUUUUUGUAUGGUAUUGUCCUUACCCUACUCUACUGUCGACUCAAGAUCCAGGUCAGAAAGGCAGCGAUAGCCAGCUAUGAGAAAGAUGCUGUUUACACGGGCCUGAGUACCCGGAACCAAGAGACAUACGAGACUCUGAAGCAUGAGAAACCACCCCAGUAGCUUUAGAGCAUGUGUCCUUGGCUGCAUUCUUUUUCUGCUUCUGGUUCUCUCUUAGCCCUCACGGCUGACAUCACGAUGCUAUCUCUGUGCUUUUGAUGCUAGCUGACCUUACUCCCAUAAUGAGGCCAGCCUCUAAGUUAAUGUCCGCCAGCAGUCGCUCAUUUCCGUUAAAGACUUACUCACAGAUGGUUGUUCCCUUACAUAUUCCGUUGCUUCGUUUCUUUUUUCUCCCCUGAUCCCCAGCUCUUGCUAAACAAUGGAAAGGGAUUGCCUUCCAAUAAAGCCGGUACAGAUGUGA